CUGAAGAGAGGGGUGGAUGUGGAUGGCCAAAACACAGCUGGACAGACAGGCCUCUUCGUUGCCGCACUUCUGGGACAUACCGCGGUUGCCCGGCUCUUCCUCCGGUUCAGAGCAGAUCCCAACCACCGGUGUUACGAUGGCAGCACCCCUGUCCACGCCGCUGCCUUCUCCUGCCAGCGGCCCCUCUUCGCCCAAGUCCUGGAGGCAGGGGGUGACCUGAGACUCCAUGAUCAGCAGGGCAGGACCCCCCAGGACUGGGCCGAACAAGCUGGGAGCGACCAGAAUGCCGAGGUGCUGGCAUUCAUUCAGCAGUGCCGUGCCCGAAUGGUGGGGCUGACUCAGCAUGGGGAGCAGGGAGCCACGCAGAUGCUUUCCAGCAGGAUAGGGGGCUCGCCACGCAGCCUGCGUUCCUCCUUCUCCUCCCUGCUCUCUGCCUCCUUCUGGUCUCUGGAUAGCUCCAGGACAGAUUGGAGUGGCAGGGGGCCUGUGGCAGGGUUUGGCCAGCUGUGCCCCAGUGGCCCCCUGCGCCCCAGUUUCGCCUCUGUCACCCCCAUCGCGGACCCAGAUGAGCUGCUGCGGGCCGAGGCCGAGCCGGACCGGAGCUAUGAGAAUGGGCCCUACACACUCAUGAGCAACUGCCUGUGGAAGGGACAGCUCGUCACUCUGCGAGGGCUGAAACCAGAGCCCCCCGGCAGCAGGCCCCACGGCCCCACGGACCUGCUGGUGGCAGAGCAACAGCACUGCAGCCAUCUGCACCACCCCCACCUGCUGCUGCUUCUGGCCGUGAGCCCUUCCCUGGACCUGCGCGAGGUGCGUCUGGUGUUCGAGAGGGUGGAGAUGGGCUCCCUGUACUGGGCCCUGCACCAGGAGGCACCCCACCCCCCUGCGCCCCCCUCCUGCCUGGCCGCCUUGCGCCUGCUGCUGCAGCUGUGUGAGGCGCUGCUGUUCCUGCACGGGCAGGGGUAUGUGCACCGCGCUCUCACCUCCCACGCAGUCCAGCUGGUGCGCCCCGGCCUGGCCAAACUCGGCAGCCUGGAGUACAUGCAGCCACGGGCCAGGACUGGGUCUGGGGACCCCACACCCCCCCCUGAGCUCUAUAACUGGCUGUCCCCAGAGGUGAUCCGUGACCGCCCAGCCUCCACGACCUCCGACCUGUACAGCUUCUGUGCCGUCACCCAGGAGAUCUUCACAGGUGCCGUGCCCUGGUACGGGGCGGAGGGAGCGGCUGUGCGGCAGUGGGUGCAGGCAGGCCGGUCUCUGGCCCCUGAUGCCUGCGUGCCCCCACCCUGCUAUGAGGUGGUGAGGGCUGGGCUGGCCUUCCGGGAGCGGGAACGCUGUGGCUCCCUACCUGAUAUUCGCUACGUCCUGCGUAAGGCCCUGCAGGAGGCCAUGGGGCAGCCGGGCGGCCCACUGUCCCUGUCUCCCAGGAGGCUGUGUGCGUGGGCAGGGGAGGCCUGGACCCCCCUGGAGUGCCUCCCUGCAGCCCCUGCAGGUGAGAGCCAUGGGGUGUGGGUGGGGUGGACAGAGGGUACUGACGCCAGGCCCUCACCCCCACCCCUCUGCACCCCAGAACCCCUCUACUAUGAGGUAGGGGAUGGCAGUCCAGAGCGGGCAGCAGCUGAUGGCAGCACAGGCCAAUGGGCUGAGGAGCCGGCCCGGCCCCCAGCCCUGCCCUGCGUGAGCAGCCUCCAAGCCUCAGCCUGCCUGCUGGAGCAGGCCCAGGCCUCGCUGGAGACCCUGGAGCGUCGCUUUGCCGCUGGCAUCCAGGCCCUGCAGGACUUGGUCAGCCUCCAGGGGACGCGCCCGGCCCAGCCACGCUGCGGCAGGCCUGGGGCUGGCCAAACGGGGGCCACCCGGGCGUGCUGCAGCCUGGGGGCCCUGCAAGGCUCCGGCCAGCCCCCCAUGGCCCCAGCAGGUGAGCGGAGCAGGGCCCGCCCCCUGCAGACCCUCAUCGAUUUCUCCACCUGGGUACGAAUGCAGGAGCAGCAGCAGGGCCUGGGACACCCCGACCUGGCCCGUGAGCCCGCCCUGGACAGCCCCUUUGGCACCCUGCAGUCGCUGGACCUGCUGCAGGAGAUCAUCGAGGAGCUGAAGGGCAGGGGAGACGCCGGGGCCAGGCGGCCGGCGGGCAGGGAGCAGAGCAGGGCAGCACCCCAGAAGAGGACAGCUCGGCCCCACACCGCAGCCGAGAGGGGCACCGGGCCCCUGCGCCAGGACAGCUGGGGUGCGGGAGUGAGGGGGGCUUGGGCCUCCCUCUGAGAGCCCC